AUGGCAGAAACCUCCUUCGAAAAAAAAAUAAACGAAACAUAUAAUCGAGCUCUUAAGGAUGGAGGAUUACUUUAUUUUGAAAAUACAGUAAUUGAUAAAGUAGAAAAUGAUAUAGAGUUUCAAAUUCGACUUGCACCAAGUUUAGCCAAAAAACCUACGGAUAAUAUAGGUAAAAGGGAAAUAAUAGCCUACCCCAAUAAUGCCAAUAACAAUGAUAAACCCAAAGUUGUACCCAAAGUUGAUCCAUUUGCACCAUAUGAUCAACAAUUGUUCGUAGAAGAAUAUGAAAAAUAUAUUAUUCUUUUGAAUAAAUAUUGUAUAAUUCCAAAACAUCUCUUGGUAGUUACGAAAGAAUAUGAGAGCCAAGCGAAUCCACUUAAUCCCAAUGAUUUCGAUGCAUUUCAAUCACAUAAACAUAUGCAAAUUCUUACAUUAUCUGAUGAUCCACCUAUGAAUUCACCUAUUUAUACUAUUCACGAUAAGAAACCAGGUGAAAUUUUCGAAUUAGCCGAGUUACCUUUUAUUCAUUAUGUGUCAUUUAUUGAUCCACCGAAAUUGUGUGAUAAUGAAUCGAGUGAUAAUAAAUCGAGUGAUGAUGAUGGACCGAGUCAAUAUUUGAAUAAAAUAUUUCAUUCAAUGCUUUCUGUUUUGAUUGAAAAUUUACAUAAUCAAAUAUUAUCUUCAGAAGAAGGAGAGAAUGAGGAAGAAGGAAAAUCAAGUUUUAAAACUUUAUCUUAUAAUUUUAUCAUGACACAAAAAUGGAUGAUGAUUGUACCAAGAUGUAAUUCAACUCAUGAACAACAAAUAGAUAUCAAUUCAUUAGGAUUUGCAGGAAUGUUACUCGCGAAAAAAGUUGCAAUACCCAAGAAAAAUUUAUAA